CAUGACCCCUCUCGGCCACCGUCCCACUUCCGGAAGUGACGCCACAGCCGCGGCGGGCGCAGGCGGAAGUGCCGGCGCCGCCAUGAAGCUGCUCACCCACAACCUGCUCACGUCCCACGUCCGCGGCCUGCAGCCCGGCGGCGGCUUCCCGCUGCAGAUCCAGGCCUCCUCGGUGCGGGUCCGUUCGGUGCCUUUCAACGCCGCCUUCGUGGCUCGGAUGGUACCGAGGCUGCGCUGGGCUGCGCUGCUGGAGGCCGCCGAGAGCCUGGGGCACGCCUCGGAGCUGCCCCCCGAGCCCAGCCCUGGCUAUGAGGGGGACGAAGACUUCCUGCGGAGGCUGCACCACCUCCUGCUGGAGGUGGAGGUGCUGGAGGGGUCGCUGCAGUGCCCUGCCUCGGGCCGGCGAUUCCCUAUCGCCAGAGGCAUCCCCAACAUGCUGCUGAGCGAGGAGGAGGCCUGAGGGGGGGGAGGGGUCGGGGGGGAGGG